AUGAAUAAUAAUUCAGAAAAAGUCGACAUGCUUUUUACAUAUUGGGAAUGCCAAAAAAAUACACGUCUUGCCAAAGAAACCUAUGCUCUUCGUUAUCCAAAUAGGCAGCAUCCAUCACAUACUUUUUUUUAUAAACUGGAAAAAAAUUUGAGAGACACCGGUUCUUUUUCCAAACGAGUUAUUAACCAACAACCAAGACGAGGAAAUGCUAUUGGAGAAGAUAUUGAGGUGCAAAUACUAGCUUACGUGAGAGCAAAUCCUAGGACUUCUAUUCGUCAUGUUAGUAGAGAAAUAAACAUUUCAUUCCAACAAGACGGAGCUCCAGCUCACAAUGCAAAUAUUGUUCGGAAUUUACUCAAUGAAUAUUUUCCAAAUCGGUGGAUAGGGACUUAUGGAGCAAUUCAGUGGCCACCAAGGUCACCAGAUCUUACACCACUAGAUUACUUCCUAUGGGGUCAUUUGAAAACGGUAGUGUAUGCCAAUCCACCUACAUGUCUUCUUGAAUUGAAAAACAAAAUAAUUGCUGCAUGUAAUCAAAUUACAGAGGAACAAAUUAUUUCUGCUAUUAACAGAGAAUUUUUAAUUCGUGUUGAAUGUUGUUUACAGCACCAUGGUGCACAGUUUGAACAAUUUGUUAGAUAA